GAGCAGAGACCACUCCAGAGUUCUCGGGCUGCACAACUGAUGGCGAAUCUCACAGGGCUUCUCUCACAGUGGCUUUGGCUUCUCUGUGAGUAUCGUGACACUUGGCUGUGUUGUGUGCGUGUGGAGCUCUGAGAAAUGAUGCAUGCUCUGAGCUUUGCCUCACAGCAAUGGCAGGAUUCCAGCUGCAUUUCUUCUGGCACACUUCCUGCUGCUGAGAUGUUCUUGGGGACAAUCUCUGCUAAUGAGGGGGACACUGUCAAUGGCAGAUGUUUAAUCCCUGCAGGAACCCCUGUCUACAUUGUUUUCUUUUGUAAGGAUGGGAUGGAAAUUUCAAGACUGCAAGCCAAGAGAGGAAAAUUCUCUUAUGAUUUAGCUUAUAGCGUGGCUGGAAGCUCAGGCAAUAUUUCCUGUGGAUACAUGUCCAGAAAUGACAAUAACCAGGUGUUAAAUUCUCUGCUAAGCGUCGCUCGGUAUCUGAAGGUCACAGGUGCCAGUUCCAGGAGCAGCACGACUGAGAAUCUGCUUUAUCAAGGACUGGAAAAUGAUACAAUAUUGACAAUUACAAUUCCUGUUUUGGUGGGUGUGAUUUUGGCUCUUGUUCUGCCCCUGAUGUAUUACCUUAAGAAGAAGAAAGUUGUAACUAAAAGAAGAAAGGAAAGGUUGCAAAGCCUCCGUGAGAGGAACGAUAAUCCCACUGAAGAUCAGUACACGGAUAACAAUGGGGUUGCAUAUUGCCAUGGCAUGGGCAAAGAAGCCCCGGAGCCAAUCUAUCAGAAUUUUGAUCUAGAGGAUGUGCCUCGUUCUACACGUCACUCCAAACAGAAGUAUGAAUCUGCCUUUCCGCUAUAUGUUAAUGACUUGUACAGACCAUGAGAGGUGCAGGAUGUUGGAAGAUAAGCAUCUCAGUUUAGUUUUUUCAAAGAUUGAUUUCAAUUUGUCAGAGCCAGCAGAAGAGGAAAGAAGAAGACACUCAAGCAGUGAAGGAACAUUUCAGAAAUUUGGAAAUAUGCAAAAUUUUUGGUUUUUGAAGAGAGAAAUAAAGAGCAACAUGAAUUUAACCUACCUGAUUUCUUAACUGGGGAUGAAGAUGUGUGUUAAUUUCAGACUAGUUCCUCCUGUGCAAAGGGAGAAUGUGAGUUUGAUGUAAAUAGAUGAUGCUGUAUUAUAAAUCAUAAUUUUAUUUCUCUUACAUGUAUGCUGGACUGUAAUGUAUGAGAGGGCUCACUUUAUUAUUUGAUCAUAUGAGUCAGAAUUUUCUUUUUGUUAUCUUUAUCUCUAUACAAUAAUUAAUUUUAAUUUCUUUUUUUUCGAUAUAUGCAAAAUAAAAUAAAAUUUAAAAAAGAAAAACAAGUAUUGUGCAGUAUUGUGUACAGAAUUGAGCAAAUAUAUGAUUUUUUUCAUCUCAGGAACCAAACUAAAAAUGUAGUUAUUUUGAACCAGAACUGAUUUUUUUUUUGUUUUUUUCACCAAAGCAAAAAAAAAGAAGAAGAAGAAGCUAUUGUUGGGU